AUGGCCUCUGACAUAUCCUGGCAUCUAAGCUGGGUGGUCUACGGAUUCUGGGGAGUGAUACUGCUAAUAGGCAUUAUCCGUCGCCUGUUACAUCACCUCCUCUCCUACCGCCGAGCUGUAUUGGUUCGUGACCUUGAAGGUCGACAAAGACAAAGCGAACGCUCUGCACCUCUGUUUGGUGGUGUUCAACACUGGAUCAAAGCGAAUCUGAUCACACCGGCUGCCGUGGGCUCGAAACACCAACGUCGAUCGUGGUUUGGCACUGUCCCUACAAGAAUCGAAGCGAUAGUAGUAGCACUUUUCUACCUGCUGGUGAUUGGUCUGUGCUGUGUUUCAUACGAUCUCUCUUGGUCUAGUUCGCACUACAAUCAAGCGAACGAACGAUGGCGCACCAUAGCCGACCGGACGGGGAAGAUCUGCUAUGCCACACUGCCAAUCUUGUGGAUCUUCGCAGGAAGAAACAACAUUUUUCUUUGGUUGACUGGAUGGGGCUUCUCUACCUUCAAUGUAUUUCACCGGCACAUUGCUCGGGUCGCCACAGUACUGGCGAUAUUGCACUCCAUCGCGUUUACUGCUAUCGAAGCCAAUGAAGGUCGUCUUGCACAAUCUUGGAAAGAGAAGUUCUGGUACAUGGGUGGCAUCGCAACCAUUUCCAUGUCACUUCUGCUGGUGUUAUCGUCAGCCUUGUUCAGAAGAUACUGCUACGAAGUGUUUCUGCUGCUUCACAUCUGCCUAUCAGUUCUGGCAAUCGUGGGUCUCUUCUAUCACACAGAGAUCUUUUCCGACAAGUUCAAUGAUUACCUUUGGCCUAUGGUAGCUGUUUGGGUCUUCGACAGAUCCGCUCGGGCUGUGCGACUAGUCUAUUGCAACUUCGACCCUACCUUCUCCCGCGGGCUUGUAGCGACCAAAGCCACAGCAACUUAUCUCCAGGAUGCUAAUGUAAUCCGAUUGGAGGUCAUCCCAGGGUCGAACCUCCUCCAGCCUGGGCCGGGGCAGCAUUACUUCAUCUAUCAGCCCGCGAGGUGGAAAGGAUGGGAGAAUCAUCCAUUCACACUAGGUGCAUGGCAUGCCCUCAACCCGCCCAACAAUCCAGACGUCAGGUCAUGCUCAACCUCAGAUGACAGUGCCAUCAAGAAGAAGGAUGUAAAGAUCCAGGUGUUACCAGUCAAUUCGCCAAUGACACCGAUCGGGCCGAACUUUGCGAAUCAGAAACGGAAAAGAAUUCCUCAAGACUCAGGGAACAAACUGAUAUUCUUUGUUCGACCAUACAGUAGCUGGACGAUACGGCUGAAGGAGGAGUGCCUCAGGUCUCUUUCUAGGUCAGUCAAAGCAACAGCUCUCGUCGAAGGUCCUUAUGGCGAACGCAGCCCACUCCAUAUGUUCGAAACAGUCGUUCUCAUCGUCGGAGGUACCGGCCUGUCUGGGGCUUUGCCGUAUUUGCUGGACCAUGUCAAUCGUUCAGCAUUUGGUGGAACAAAAACCCGGCACAUUACUCUGGUCUGGUGUGCGAAGCAGGCCGCCAUGAUUCGCGAUGUGGCUGCUCGAGAGUUGCAGCCGGUCCUGGGUCGGAAAGACGUGAGCGUGCACUUUCACGCAACAUCGCAGUACGAGAUUCCCAUCGCAAUGGAGGCAAGGAACAUUGAGAAGUGGGUACAUGCUUAUCCGCAGCUGAUGAUUUCAUAUCGCCGACCCGACAUUCGACAUGCUAUAAUUUCUGUGGUUGGGCAGGCUCAUGCGGCGGGUUCAGCUGGCGGAAGGGUGGCGAUCCUAACGUGUGGUCCGGCUGCCAUGGCGGACGAAGCAAGAUCCGCCAUUCACCAAGUCCUGAGGGCAGGUAUGCGUAACGUCGAAUACUUUGAGGAGACUUUUGGGUAA